AUGUCCGUUCCGUCUCAUUUUAAGCUCAACACCGGCGGCUCAAUACCCGCAGUUGGACUCGGGACGUGGCAGGCAAAGCCAGGUGAAGUUGGCAAAGCUGUCAGUCACGCACUAAAAUGCGGGUAUCGGCAUUUGGACUGUGCAUUGAUCUAUCAAAAUGAGAAAGAAGUUGGCGAGGCAGUCAAGGCGUCUGGGAUUCCCCGAGAGGAGAUCUUCAUCACUAGUAAAGUGUGGAAUACUCACCAAGACAAUGUCGCCGAGGGUCUUGCGCAGACGUUGAAGGAUCUCCAAACGGACUACCUAGACCUUUACUUGAUCCACUGGCCAGUCCGUCUGGUUCCUAACGAGACUUCUCAACUCUUACCCACGAACCCCGACGGCACCCGCGCUGUGGACCGCUCUUGGAACCAGCAGGACACCUGGAAGCAGAUGGAGCAGGCGUACCGUAGCGGCAAGGUGAGGGCCAUUGGAGUGUCCAACUUCAGUGUGCCCUACUUGGAGGAUCUGGAGAAACAAUGGGAAGUUGUUCCCGCCGUGAAUCAGGUUGAGCUACAUCCUUACUGCCCGCAACAUGCACUGAAAGAAUGGUGCGCGAAGAGGAGGAUCCUCCUGGAAGCGUAUUCCCCCCUCGGUUCAACAGGUUCUCCAUUGCUGAGCGACUCGGAGCUCGUAGCAAUCGCAGCCAAAUACAAUGUAUCCCCCGCGACGAUCCUGAUUUCUUACCAGGUCAACCGUGGCUGCGUCGUGCUGCCCAAGUCGGUGACACCGAGCCGUAUCGAAUCUAAUCUUAAAGUGAUUCCCCUGCACCAGGAGGACCUGGAUACUUUGGAAGGAAUGGCCGCAGCGGGAAAGCAGCAGCGCGUCAACACCCCACUGUGGGGACAUGAUUUGGGAUUUGAUGACUGGCAUGGACCUGGGAAUGUUAAUGCCCCUAAACAGUAA